AAUAUAACAUGCAAUCGGGGAAAUUAGUUUACUUUUAAGCUUCAAACUAGAAGUCAUGCUACUACUUUUGAUCCUACCAUUAUUCAAUUGUAUCUUUUAUGGAAUUAAUGCGGCUGAACUUCCCAGUGAAUGUCUAAUACCUCAUAGCCAGGGAGAAACUACCAGAGCGGCAUUCUUCAUGUACACCUUCGAUCCCGACACGUAUGAGUGCAAAGGUUUUUUGUAUGGCGGUUUGGGAGGUAAUCCCAAUAGAUUCUGGUCCAAGAAGGCCUGCGAAGAACGAUGUGUGAUACCCAAUUCAACUUAAAAAAUAUUUAUAUUUUAUGAACUUUCAAGUUAAUAAAACCCCUAAAAAUAAAA